AUGGCGACCCCGUCGUCCCACGGCGUCCCCCUCCGCGUGCUCCUCCUCGCGCCUCCCCUGCUCUCCAUCCUCAUCGUCUUCCAGCUCCUCCACCGCCCCACUCCCCUGCCCCCGCCGCUCCUCCGGACGCACGCCGACGCGGCGUCGUCAUCGCACCGCGCGGAGGAGGAGCCGAGUUCCCCUCCACUCACCUCCAACGUACCUCCGCCCCCGGCGCCGAAGCCGGAGGAUUCAUCAUCGGAGCCGACGUCCCUGCGCCACGUGGUGUUCGGAAUCGCCUCCUCCAAGCGCACGCUGCCGCUCCGGCUCCCCCUGCUCCGCCUCUGGCUGCGCGCCCCCGCGCGCGCCUUCCUCUUCCUCGAUGCGCCGGCGCCCGACGCGGACACGCGCGACCUCCCGCCGGGCCUCGCCCUCCGCGUCUCCGCCGACGCGUCCCACUUCCCCUACACGCACCCGCGCGGCCUGCCCUCGGCCGUCCGCGUCGCGCGCAUCGCCGGGGAGCUCGUCUCCGAGCUCAAGCAGCAGCAGCUGCAGGAGGAGGAGGUGCGGUGGCUCGUGCUCGCCGACGACGACACCGCCUUCGUGCUCCCGAACCUGCUCCACACGCUCCGCAGGUACGACCACCGCGAGCCCUGGUACCUCGGCGCGCGCUCCGAGUCCGCGGCGCAGAACGCGUGGCACGGCUUCGCCAUGGCAUACGGCGGCGGCGGCAUCGCCGUCAGCUGGCCGCUCGCGCGCCGCCUCGCGCGCGUGGUCGACUCCUGCGUGCUCAGGUACCCGCACCUCUACGGCAGCGACGCCAGGAUCUACGCCUGCCUCGCCGAGCUCGGCGUCGAGCUCACCCACGAGCCAGGUUUCCACCAGAUCGAUCUUCAUGGCGAUAUUUCUGGGCUGCUAAGAGCACAUCCUCUUUCCCCUUUCGUUUCACUGCACCAUCUCGAUCAUGUGUAUCCUCUUUAUCCUGGAAUGGAUCGGACAAGAGCAAUGCAACAUUUCUUCCGAGCUGCUAGUGCUGAUCCAGCCAGGAUUCUGCAACAAACAGUGUGCUACGACCAAAAAAAUCCGCUUACAGUGUCAGUCUCUUGGGGCUAUUCAGUCCAGGUGUUCAAAGGCAAUGUGCUGCUCCCUGACCUCCUUGCUGUGCAGAAAACCUUUGUACCAUGGAAAAGGGGUCGGAAUGUUACAGAUGUGUAUAUGUUUAACACCAAACAUUACCCCAGAGAUGAGUGCAAAAGAGGAGGUCUUUUCUUCCUGAAAAGCAUUACUUCGGGGGAAGGCAAGACAGAAACCACCUACAAUAGACAGCCACCUAGGAAAUGCUCGCCUGACUUGAUCCCUCUGAAGAAUCUGCGUCUGAUAAAAGUGACAUCAGAACGACUGCAGCUGGCUCCUGGGAGGGCCUUAAUACGCCAUUGCUGUGACAUCGCACCUUCUUCAUCUGAUACUAACAUAGGCAUUAACAUCAGAAAAUGUGAAGAUGAUGAGCUGAUCGCUAUGCAUUCAUAA